AUGGACAGGCACGGCCAAGCACAAUCGGACUUCCUGAGUGGGGCCAUGGAGAAGCGCCACGACUUCAUAGGUGGUUUGGCCCAGGCUUGCCGAGAUUUGAUCCAAGUCCGCUCGAAGGUGUCUCGUGUGGAGGCCUUCACCCAGGUGGAACGAGCAGAACUGGUGGCAGCUUGCUCGCAGCAGCUCGACCGGCUCACACGGUCUCGCGAGGGCAAGACUGCGGCGCGUUUGCAUCGCGUCCGGGAAGUAGCCGAGGCGCGCGAACGCUUGAGGACGGCUGCUUGUGAGGCGGGCUGCCGCGCGAAGCUGCAGGACCAGGCAGGCGCCUUCGCAGUGGCAUGGAAGGCGAAGCAAGACUCGCAGCUCCGAGCCUUGCAGGAGAGGGCCCGACGAUCCUGCCUCACCCUGGAGGCCAAAGGCCUAGACCAGGCGCGGCAGAAGCUCAGCGAAGCCAUGGCAGAGGCCGAGCGCCAGGAGCAAGCCGAUGCUGCUGAGAGAUCCUGGCAGCAGGGCAUGGCGAGGAUGCCCAGCGCAGUUCUGGAGGAGACUUCGCGGACGAAGGCACAGGACGACCUCCGCGGCGCCGUGGAGGAGGCCGAGGUCCUGUGCAAACUGGAGGCGGCCGCAGCGGAUCGCGCGGAAGACGGGCCGAACGAGGCCGAGGAGGCCAACGGAUUCCUUGGCUACCACGUUUUCUGGUGA